CUUCUAGGGAUAUCAUUAUCAAGAAUGCAUAAUGAGACAUCUGAGUUUCUUCUCUGGGAAUUCUCAAAGAUUUGGGAGCUACACGUUAUGCAUGUAGCUUUAUUACUGAUACUGUAUUUCAUGACAGUAACAGGGAACCUUCUUAUCAUUACUGCUGUUAUUUCUGACGACCACCUUCACACCCCCAUGUACUUCUUUCUGAUAAAUUUAGCCAUGCAAGACAUUGGUUCAGUUUCAGUCAUUAUCCCCAAGGCUAUUUUUAAUUUUUUGAUGAAUAUCAGAAAUAUUUCUUAUUCUGGCUGUGUUGCCCAAGUCCUCUUGUUUGUCUUUUUCCUGGGCUCUGAUGUUUCCCUCCUUACUGUCAUGGCCUAUGAUCGGUAUGUUGCCAUUUGUAAUCCUUUGCAAUAUCAAAUGAUAAUGAACAGGAAGGCUUGCACCAUAAUGAUUGCCAGUGUGUGGACUGCCAGCCUUCUCAAUGCUUCAUUACACACUAUUGUCACUUUUACUACUCCUUUCUGCUCUAAUAUUAUCAAUCAGUUUUACUGUGAAAUGCCAUAUUUAUUUAAGAUUGCCUGUUCUGGUUUAUAUGUAUCUGAAAUUGGAGUCCUAAUGUUCACUGCUACAUUAAUAGCUGGCUGUUUUGUUUUUGUCAUUGUCACUUAUGUGCAUGCCUUCUCUGCCGUUCUGAGAAUUCCUUCAGUACAAGGAAGGAAAAAAGCCUUCUCUACUUGCCUACCACACCUCAUUGUCUUUUCCAUAUUUUUGUUUACUGGUUCCAUUGCUUACCUAAAGCCUAUAGCUGACAGUCCUUCAUUCCUUGACUUGAUAAUAACAAUAAUGUAUUCCAUUAUUCCAGCUAUGUUGAAUCCAUUAAUCUAUAGUAUGAGAAACAAAGACAUCAAAGUCACUCUUUCAAGAGUUUUUGGUUAA